ACAAGUUCUUAAAAGAACUUAAUACAAUAGAGGAUAAUAAACAAGAUCCAAUAAAGAAUCUUCUCACAAGUCAAGAAUGGGCAAUGUCUGAACAUGACUGGCAAAUGGCAGAAGAAAAAAUAAUUGCCUCUUUUUCAGUAGCAAUACCAGCAGACAUA